AUGGAAAAUUUAUCAUCAUCCUUGGGAGAAUAUGAAGAUCAGCUGUCGAUGGUUAAAAACGCGCUACAAUCAGCAAAGAAUGCUAGUGAACGGGAGCCGCUAUUGGCUUUAGAAGCAGAACUACAAGAACUUAUUAAUCUUACUAAAGAAAGUUUAGAUGCUCAAAAUGUUAAAGAGAUACACCCUGAACAUAAAACUACCAAUGAAAGUAGUCCUACAGAAUUGGACGAUGAAUAUGCCUUAUUUAUGAAAGAAAUGGCGGAAACAGGAGCUUAUCAAGAAAAUAAUGAUAACUCUAAAGAUGAAACACAACAUAGUGAAAAUAGUGAUAUAGAGGAUGAAUUAUCUUCACUCCUUGGGAUGAAAUGUGCAGUGUACCAUACACAUACAUGGGGUGGGCAACCAAGUUUACAUAAUGCUAUGGUUAGUUCAGUUGUUCCACGGCAAGAUGAUGAUCAAUUCAAUGAUCUCCAGGUGAAGGUGUUGUUUACUCAUCCAACACAUGCAGAAAUGUUGCCAUGUCCAUUUUACCUCAACGGUGAUUGCAAAUUUAGUGAUGAACAAUGUAGAUAUUCUCAUGGUGCUGUGGUACAAUUAUCUGAUUUAAAAGAAGCAAUAGAACCUGAUUAUAAUGGAAUAAAAGUAGGCAGCAGAAUUCUGAUGAAAAUAAAACCACCAGAUGAUGAGGAUAUGACCACGGCAAAGAAAUCGACAGAGAAGUAUCAUUUGUGGCACAGAGCUAUUGUGAAAGAAGUGGACUUAGAGAAAAAAUCAUGUGUUGUAAAAGUGGAACAUGGAGUGACAGGGGAGAAGAGAAAGUCUGCUGACCAUUUUGUAUUGUUUGAAGAAAUAUUCCCUCUUAAUACCGAAGGUGAUGACACCGACACCGACGACAGUUUGAGCGACACUGAAUAUCCAGAUAGCAAAACAGUAAAGACUGACCACAAUCAAGCUCUAUUGGUAGAGAAGAGUCUGCAAAACAAUGCACCUGCUAUGGGUGAAUGGGAACGACAUACUAGAGGUAUGGGUUCGAAGAUAAUGCUGUCGAUGGGCUACGUGCCGGGAACGGGGCUGGGCGCGGCGGCAGACGGGCGCCUGGCGCCGGUUGAGGCGCGCGUGUCUGCCGGCAAGAGUCUCGACCACUGCAUGGCGAUCUCUGAGAAACUAGCUGCGAAAGAUCCUUUGAAAGUUGAACAAAAACUCAAAAGGCUUCAGACACGAGAAGAAGAACGCAACAAAAGGGCUUACGAAAGAGAAAAAGAAAGAGAGAGAAGAAACGUAUUCAACUUCCUUAACAACACUCUUGGAGACAAAUCAGAAGCAUCCGAGCCUGGGACUAAUGCCUUGUCUAUUGAUAUAAAGCAAUCUACAAGUAAAGAUUUAAACAUAGAAAAAUUUAAAGUGGAACAGGAUUGCAAGAAGGUAGAGAAUGAAAUUUUAAAAUUAAGCAAUAGCCUGGGAAAGUACCCGCAAGGUACUAAUGGUCAUAGAAGUAUUAGUAUGCAGAUAGCAGAAAAGAAUAAAGAGUUGAAUAUAAUGCGGAAUAAGGAGAAACAAAUUUUAAAUGAACAGAAGCAAAGGAAAGAUAAACAUAAAAUGACAGUGUUU